AUGGCACAUCAAGCACAUGCAUACCACAUAGUUGACCCCAGCCCAUGACCCCUCACAGGCGCAGUCGCAGCCCUUCUAAUAACAUCGGGGCUCGCAAUCUGAAUACAUUUUCAUUCCAUAACUUUAAUGACCCUAGGUCUUAUCCUUCUUCUCCUGACGAUAUACCAAUGAUGACGAGACAUCGUACGAGAAGGCACCUUCCAAGGCCACCAUACACCCCCUGUUCAAAAAGGGUUGCGCUACGGAAUAAUCCUUUUUAUUACCUCCGAAGUAUUCUUUUUCCUAGGGUUUUUCUGGGCUUUCUACCACUCAAGUCUGGCCCCUACUCCAGAAUUAGGGGCAUGCUGACCCCCUACCGGCAUCAUGACUCUUAACCCCUUUGAAGUUCCCUUACUUAAUACAGCUGUAUUACUUGCCUCCGGCGUAACCGUCACCUGAGCCCAUCAUAGCAUUAUAGAAGGCAACCGAAAACAAGCAAUCCAAUCCUUAACCCUAACAAUUCUUCUUGGCUUCUAUUUUACUUUCCUUCAGGCAAUAGAGUACUAUGAAGCCCCAUUCACAAUUGCUGACGGGGUCUACGGCUCUACCUUCUUUGUGGCUACAGGAUUUCAUGGUCUCCACGUAAUUAUUGGCUCCACCUUCCUUGCCGUCUGCCUUUGCCGACAAAUCCAAUAUCACUUCACCUCCCAACACCACUUCGGAUUUGAAGCCGCUGCCUGAUAUUGACAUUUCGUAGACGUCGUCUGACUAUUCCUCUACAUCUCUAUUUACUGAUGAGGAUCUUA